GUUCCCCUCUCCCCGCCCCGGAAGGUUCCGCUGGGUCCGGUUUGGUGCUGCGGGGAUGGUUCUGCUGAGCGCUCGGUGUUGGCUGCGCAGCCGCUUGACCGAUCGGUUCUGGAGGGUGCAGGAGGUGCUUAAAUAUGCGCGGCAUUUUCGUGGAAGGAAGAACCGGUGCUACAAGCUGGCAGUGAGGAGUGUGAGGAGAGCUCUGGUGAAGUCCACGAAGGCCAGGAGAGAGAAGAAGAGAUUCCUCCGAGGGCUCUGGGUCACUCGGAUUGAAGCAGCUUCUCUUGAACAUGGUUUGAAAUACCCUUCUUUCAUCAGCAACCUGCUCAAGUCCCAGGUGGAGCUGAACAGGAAGAUGAUUGCUGACCUGGCUAUUUAUGAGCCCAAGACAUUCAAGUCCCUGGCUGCCUUGGCGCAGAGGAGGAGACAGGAGGGCUUCCUGGCUGCCCUGGGGGAUGGCAAAGAGCCCGAGGGGAUAUUCUCCCGGAUCGUUCGGCACUACUGAGGUGAAGCCCUGCAGAUCCCUGCAGAUCCCUGCUGCCUCCUGGAACUUGUCCCGGGAAGUCCUCCUGUUCCCUGCCUGCUGCUGGAGUCCUGGCUGGGGAACAGAACCCUCCAGGGAGGCUUCGUCCCCUCGAGUGGAGGGGCUGAAACGGGUGGAGAUGAGAAGCUGAGUUCGAGGUCAGCGUACAGAGUGCCCGUACACCUCCUGUGCUGCCAAUAAAACCUUGAUUGCUUUUU